GUCGCGUCGCGUCUCGGUUGCUAACUCGCGUCAGUGACACCGACAGCCGGGCACGGCGCUGUUGUGGACUCACUCAGACAGGCGAGAGGGAGCCAACAGCGGGCAGCCUCAGCCUCCCAAAAGUCGGACUUCAUGUGUAAAAGCCGAGCUUACUGACCGGGAAAAGGUGGCCGGUGACUGGAAGUAGGUGCGGCCUGGCUCCGGGAGCCUUGAGCGGCUAUUUCUGGAAUAUCCUACUAUGCGGAAUAUGACGGCCAGUUAGCCCCAGUAAGAACAUCUGAGUCAGGCAUGGCAACGUCUUCCUACUUGGAGCCGAACCUUAAUCACUCCGCAGCAAGUGGGUGUGGAGUGAAAUCCCGCUCCGGGGUUUCCGGUGGAACUGGUGUUGGUACCAGCGGCUCUGCUGGCGGUCUUGAGCGGACUCCAGGUUCUCUGGACAGGGUUCUGAAGAUCUUCCACUACUUUGAGACAAAUAGUGAACCCAGCACCUGGGCAAGUAAUAUCAGACAUGGAGAUGCUACGGACGUCAGGGGAGUCAUUCAGAAGAUAGCCGAAAUCCACAAAUUGCGCUGUGUCACUUCACUUGGCCUGCGUUUAACCCAUCUGCACACAGACGCACGUCAUUGGUUACAUCCUGACUUGGGAGUCUGUCAUGUCAGGGAGAAAUAUGAGAAACAGCACCCACAAGAGGAGUGGAGGUAUGAGCUACGAAUGCGCUACUUUCCUAAAGGUUACCUCAGUCAUUUCUCAGAAGACAAACCCUCGCUCAACUACCUCUAUCACCAGGUAAAGAGUGAUUACAUGCAACAUAUCGCCGAUCAAGUGGAUCAAGAGGUUGCUUUGAAACUAGGCUGUCUAGAAAUAAGGCGUUUCUUCAGAGAGAUGCCAGGAAAUGCCCUGGACAAGAAAUCCAACUAUGAACUCCUAGAGAAAGAUGUUGGUUUGAGAAGGUUCUUCCCCAAAAGCCUGCUGGACUCUCUAAAGGCAAAGACGCUUCGUAAGCAUAUCCAGCAGACGUUUAAGCAGUUCGCCAACCUCAACGAUGAGCAGAGCAUCCACAAGUUUUUUGAAAUCAUCUCUCCCAUCUACCACUUCGACAAGGAGUGCUUCAAAUGUGCAUUAGGGUCCAGCUGGGUAAUAUCAGUAGAGUUAGCAAUCGGACCAGAGGAAGGAAUCAGCUACCUCACAGACAAGGGCUCAACGCCCACCCAUUUAGCUAACUUCAACCAGGUUCAGUCCAUCCAGUAUUCACCCUUAGAGGAAAAGGACAGGAAAGGCAUGCUACAGCUCAACGUAGCAGGAGCUCCGGAGCCUCUCACAGUCACCACAGCAUCGCUGACUACAGCGGAAAACAUGGCUGACCUGAUUGACGGUUACUGUCGACUCUUCUCCUCAACGAGUCACUCCUUCAUCGUCAGAGUCCACAAAGAGGGCGAUAGAGCGCUACCAUCCAUCCCAAAGGUAUCAAAUCACGAGAGGCGGAUGGAAAAACGGAUGGACGGCGUACGAACCAGAGCAGUUUGUGUGUCAGGGCACAAUAGUGGCGAUGAAACAGACGACUAUGCUGAGAUCAUAGAUGAGGAGGACACCUAUACAAUGCCUUCAAAAUACUAUGGACUAGAUCAAGCACAGGACUAUGAAAUUCAACGGGAUUGCAUUGAACUGGGCCGCUGCAUAGGUGAGGGUCAGUUUGGGGACGUCCACCAAGGAGUCUACAUCAGCCCGGAAAACCCGGCAUUGUCUGUGGCAGUAAAGACGUGUAAGAAUUCAACAUCGGACAGUGUCAGGGAGAAAUUUCUCCAAGAAGCAUUAACCAUGCGUCAGUUCGACCAUCCUCACAUUGUCAAGCUGAUGGGCGUCAUUACAGAGAAUCCAGUCUGGAUCAUCAUGGAGCUUUGCACACUUGGAGAGUUACGUUCUUUCCUGCAAGUGAGGAAGUACAGUCUAGACCUGGCCACUCUCAUCCUUUACUCCUACCAGCUCAGCACGGCAUUGGCCUACCUGGAGAGCAAACGCUUUGUGCACAGGGAUAUAGCAGCACGGAACGUCCUGGUAUCAACUGUUGACUGUGUGAAGCUGGGUGACUUUGGUUUGUCAAGGUACAUGGAAGACAGUUCUUACUACAAAGCAUCGAAGGGUAAGCUGCCCAUUAAAUGGAUGGCUCCUGAGUCUAUCAACUUUAGAAGAUUUACCACAGCCAGUGAUGUCUGGAUGUUUGGUGUCUGUAUGUGGGAAAUUCUGAUGUUUGGCAUCAAGCCUUUCCAAGGUGUAAAAAACAACGACGUCAUUGGGAGGAUAGAGAAUGGCGAACGACUGGCCAUGCCCCCUCAAUGCCCUCCUACCCUGUACAGCUUGAUGACAAAGUGUUGGUCGUAUGAUCCUAGCAAGAGGCCACGCUUCAAUGAACUGAAAACCCAGCUCAGUACCAUACUAGAGGAGGAGAAGGCCCAGCAGAAGGAGAGGAACAGGAUGGAGAUGAGGAGGCAGGUCACUGUAUCUUGGGACUCGGGAGGGUCUGAUGAAGCGCCGCCAAAGCCUAGUAGACCAGGAUACCCCAGUCCCCGCUCCAGUGAAGGCUAUUUCCCCAGUGCCCAGCACCCUGGCCACUACCAGAUGGCAGGUUACCCCGGCCCUCACACGCUGCCGUCAGUGCCCAGUGCCCUUUACCCGCCGCAGGCCGCCAUGCUGGAGACGCAUCACGCGCACACGCACCCGCGCCACCAUGUCCACGCGCACUCACAUGUACAGCACCUCCCUCAGCCUCAUGGGCAGGACAUGGCACAUUGGGGGUCAGCUAUGGAGGACAGGGCAAUAGACACGCAGCUGUGUGUAGGCCAGCAGUGCCUGUUAAUGGAGGAACAGCUGAUGAUACAGCAGCAGCAGAUGGAGGAGGAUCAGAGGUGGCUGGAGCAGGAGGAAAGGCUGCUGAAACCGGAAAACAGAAGUUCCCGAGGUAGUCUGGACCGAGAUGACGGAGGACUCCAGCCACCAACGGGAAACCAACACAUAUACCAGCCCGUUGGCAAAGCAGAGCUUGUGGCCCCCCCAAAGAAACCACCACGACCUGGGGCCCAGAGCCAAGGGUGCAGUCUGGCCGGUCUGAACACUGCAGACAGCUACAAUGACGGAGUGAAGCAAACGCACCACUUAUUGAUGUUCGUACUUCACUUGGCUCAGCUACAGCCCCAAGAGAUCAGCCCCCCUCCCACCGCCAAUCUGGACCGCUCCAACGACAAGGUGUACGAGAACGUGACGGGCUUGGUCAAAGCUGUGAUCGAGAUGUCGAGCAAGAUUCAGCCAGCUCCUCCCGAGGAGUACGUUCCCAUGGUCAAGGAUGUGGGCCUCGCAUUGAGGACGCUGCUGGCCACGGUUGACGAGACCCUGCCGCAACUUCCAGCCAGCACACACAGAGAGAUCGAGAUGGCGCAAAAGCUUUUGAACUCCGACUUGGCAGAGUUGAUUGGGAAAAUGAAGUUAGCUCAACAGUACGUGAUGACCAGUCUUCAGCAAGACUAUAAGAAGCAGAUGCUCACCGCCGCUCACGCCCUCGCCGUGGACGCCAAAAAUCUGCUGGAUGUCAUCGACCAAUCCCGGCUCAAGAUGAUGGCCCAGUCCCGCCCGCACUAGCCUCACAAGCGCCGUUUACAGACCGCGGGAUCCGUCUACUUCCUUAUCAGUGACAGUUGUCGGAGAUGACUAAUAUCGUCAUCCCCUCGACGUAACCACGGAGCCGAUCCCUUAUCUAACUCUGCACCACUGUGAGAUCUUUUUCAAGAACCGGGCAAAAACAAUUCCCGAAUCGGGGAUUUGUCGUCGUUGCUCUGUGUGGACUAAACUGGGAGAAAGGGAAGAAAAGUACGAUGGUUUUAAAAUAGAACACCUUGGGUGAGCCCAGCGUGACUGAAGUUGUGUUGCGUCCAAACCGGUUCUCAGUGUUGGAGUCAGCCAAGCCAUCAGAACCGGACUCUCUAGAGCUUCAUCAUAUCACAAGGAAGAGGCUCCAGCAUGUCAGCAGUUUUCCUUCCCCCCCCCCCCCUCCCAGUCACGUGACGCAGAAACCUUCACGUCUUCGUGCCGAAUUUGCUCCUCUGCUUCCCAUUUUACCCCCCCGUUGUCACCCCGUUUUUUUAUUUAUAGCAUCACAAACGAGACGAAGGAAAGGACACAAUGCAAGACAAAGGAAAAAAAAAUUUUUUUUCUUCCCUAUUGUCUUCCUCCCUCGGCUCCAGUCUGAGCACGUUUGACAGACUUUAAAGAAGUCGCCUCAGAUCUCACUCAACCGAGUUUGCUCUUCAUGUGUUGGGCUGUGUUUAUUUUAUUUUUUUUAUUAUUGUGCGUCUCUUUUUUUCUUCUUUUUCUUCUCCUCUUGGUCUAAACAGAAAACCCAUACAUAUUUGAUCCCAGCAGCACUGAGGAGGAAAAAGAUGAAGGCGGGUGACGAGGGAGUGUCCGUCGUCACUUUUACGACGAGGCCGUCUCUUCUCUGUCCCACUGUCACUGUUCCCGCCAUCGUAUCCACCGAGCGAUUUGCCAGGAAUGCAAAUGAACGUGACGGCGGCAACGGGUCGAGGAUCGUCGGUCUGAGGUGCUGAGCCACCAAACUGGAACGUCAUCUUGCAAAAUCACCAGAACGAACUGAAAACGCAAAAGUGCGCGCGUGCGGCGUGACGUGGUGGUAUGGAGGAGAGCGUAUUUGCACAGCACCAAAAUGAAUCAAGAGUAGUUUGAUCCAGGUUUGAUUAUCACGUCUAGCCAGCCAAUCGAUACCUGGGUGAAAUAGGGUUACAAAUGUAAAAUAAACAGUUUAUUUUAUCUCUUUGUUGUUGUGUAAAUCUCCUCGUUGGUAUACAGUAUUGUAAACUUUACCGGUGUGCAUCACUGGUCAAUUGUACAGAAGUCCUACUAGUAAACACUGGUUUUUAUUUUGUCUUCUGAGCUUAAU